AUGAUUUUUAACAACAAGGAAGAAGCCGUUUGCACUGAAGAACACAGCGUUUUUACAACGUUUAUAAUCAGUGUUUGAUGUUUAACGUUCAUUUUUUCUUCAUCUUUUAAGUUUUCCUUGUCUUGAAUGCAGUAUUACAUGUUAAUAAAUCAUUUGGUUGUUAUUAAAUGUUCGAAACCUGACCAGAUACUUUUAUCUGGCAAAAAUUCCUGCAGAAGCCACAACAAUGAGCGCGUUUAGAAAAAGCGGAAGCGUUCUUGUUGUCCUUUAUUACGUCGGGAGUUUUCACGUCCUUUUCGGAUACAAUGUAUCCAGAGAAGAGCAGCACCAUCUCAGCCUGAACAGGAAAUGGACCAUACAGAACUCAAAUGGGUCUCUGUCGCUUCCUGCAGAGGUACCGGGAUGUGUACACUCUGCUCUCCUGAAACAAGGCUUUAUCAAGGAUCUCUACUUCAGGUUCAAUGAUGUAGCAUACAGGUGGAUCGCUCUUGACAACUGGACAUACACCACUACAUUUUCUGCCUCAACAGAUUUAAGGACUAAACAGAGAGUCCAGAUGGUGUUUGAAGGAGUGGACACUGUAGCGUCCAUCUCUCUGAACGGAGUCGUUGUGGGAAAGACAGACAACAUGUUCCGCAGAUAUGACUUCAGCGUAGGCCAGGUGUUGAGGGAAUGGGAGAACGUUGUGACGGUGAGACUCCUCUCCCCUGUCGUGUACGCCUCAGAGAGGAGUCACUCCUCCUACAGCGUGCCUCCUGACUGCCCUCCACCCGUCCAGAAGGGAGAAUGUCACGUCAACUUUAUCAGAAAGGCCCAGAGUUCCUUCAGUUGGGACUGGGGACCGUCGUUCCCAACCCUGGGGCUGUGGAAGGGUGUUCGUCUGGAGGCCUUUGAUGUGCUGCGCCUCAUCCAUCUCUCUACUGUACCAGUCUAUAACUCCUCUCUGUCUCAGUGGGUGGUGAAGGUAGACGUGUUGGUUGAUGUUGUGGAGGAGACUAAAGUCCAGGUCAACCUCUCUCUGAUGGAGCUGUCUUCAGAACAGACCUUCACGGUGGUGUUUCCAUCUGGGCAGAGCAAGAACACCUUGCUCCUCCAUGUCAACACAAGUAACCAGGUGAAGCUGUGGUGGCCCAGUGGUCAUGGUGAGCAGCACUCCUAUCAUCUCAGUGUGAGAGGAACCAUGCUGGAGGGAACAGCUGUACUCAGGACAGACGCACAGGUGUAUUUCCGUACAGUAGAGCUGGUCCAGGAGCCAAUCGCUGGUUCCCCUGGGCUGAGUUUUUACUUCCGGGUCAACAAGAAGCCCAUCUUCCUGAAGGGGUCAAACUGGAUCCCAGCUCACGCCCUUCAGGACCUGGUCAGCCCUGCUGAUGUGAGGAAGCUUCUGCAGUCGUCCGUGGACGCUAACAUGAACGCUCUCAGGGUCUGGGGGGGAGGAGUCUAUGAGCAGGACCUGUUCUACUCGCUCUGUGAUGAGAUGGGGAUCAUGAUCUGGCAGGACUUCAUGUUUGCCUGUGCCAUGUACCCCACUGAGCCUGACUUCAUAGAGACGGUUAGAGAGGAGGUUGUCCAACAGGUGAGGCGCUUAAAGUCCCACCCCUCGGUCAUCGUGUGGAGUGGGAACAACGAGAAUGAGGCAGCCCUGGCCACUGACUGGUUCGGCAUCCCUGUUGCCCAGCAACCCCGGUACCAUAGAGACUAUGUGACUCUGUAUGUGGACAACAUCAGGGCCAUUGUUCAGAAGGAGGACGGUAGCCGCCCGUUCCUAGUCUCCAGUCCCACUAACGGAGCAGAGUCUCAGCAGGAGGGCUGGGUGGCCCACGACCCCUACGACGUACACUAUGGAGACACACACUACUAUAGCUACAGCCACGACUGCUGGGACUGGACGGCCCUGCCACGCACACGCUUCGCCUCCGAGUACGGCUUCCAGUCCUGGCCCUCCUUCUCCACCUUGCAGAAGGUGUCUGUGUCUGAAGACUGGAGCUAUGGGAGUAACUUCUCGUCUCACCGUCAGCACCACCAGUCUGGCAACCAGCAGAUGCUGCAGCAGGCUGGACUACACUACCAGCUCCCAGCCUCGGCAGAUCCACUGAAGAGAUACAAGGACACACUGUACAUUACACAGGUCAUGCAGGCCCAGUGUGUUAAGGUCCAGACGGAGUUCUACCGCCGCAGCCAGAGUGAGGUCAUCGAGGGCAAAGGUCACACCAUGGGAGCUCUCUACUGGCAACUCAAUGAUAUCUGGCAGGGCCCUUCCUGGUCCUCUAUAGGUAGGUACUGUUACAGGAUGUCCUGGUCCUCUAUAGGUAGGUACUGUUACAGGAUGUCCUGGUCCUCUAUAGGUAGGUACUGUUACAGGAUGUCCUGGUCCUCUAUAGGUAGGUACUGUUACAGGAUGUCCUGGUCCUCUAUAGGUAGGUACUGUUACAGGAUGUCCUGGUCCUCUAUAGGUAGGUACUGUUACAGGAUGUCCUGGUCCUCUAUAGGUAGGUACUGUUACAGGAUGUCCUGGUCCUCUAUAGGUAGGUACUGUUACAGGAUGUCCUGGUUCUCUAUAGGUAGGUACUGUUACAGGAUGUCCUGGUCCUCUAUAGGUAGGUACUGUUACAGGAUGUCCUGGUCCUCUAUAGGUAGGUACUGUUACAGGAUGUCCUGGUCCUCUAUAGGUAGGUACUGUUACAGGAUGUCCUGGUCCUCUAUAGAGUUUGGUGGGAAGUGGAAGAUGCUGCAUUACUUUGCCAAGGACUUCUUCUCCCCUGUGGUGCCGGUGGGCUUCGAGGACCAGGGUAGUCUGGUGGUCUAUGCUGUGUCUGACCUGAGCCACGACCUUCAGCUCAGGACUGUGGUUUCAGUCUAUGAGUGGAGCAGUCUGGAUCCCGUGUGCACUGUGACUUCCGGAUUCGUUCUUGUGGAAGGAGGAAGUGCUGAGGUCGUCCACAAACAGCCAAUCACAGCCUUGCUGGCGGGGUGUGGGCGCGGGAGUUGUACCCGCCUCACCUGUCUCCUGACCUUUCACCUUGAGGACGUCAACAGCCAGCAAGGUCCCAUUAACCACCUCUUCCUCAGCUCGCCCAAAAAUGCCCAGGGGAUGCUGAGACCCAACACCACAGCCGAGGUGCAGCAGGACGAGAUGGGAGGAUACACCGUGACCCUGCAGUCCUCUGCCGUAGCGGCCUUCGUAUGGCUAGAUGUUGGGGACGUCCCAGGACGAUUCAGCACCAACGGAUUCCUCAUGGUCACCAGGAACAGAACAGUCACCUUUAACCCCUGGGGUCCCACCAGUACCCAGCAGCUAGCCCAGGCCCUGACUGUUACGUCAUUGAGAGAUGUGUACUGACUAUCUUACGUAUGAAAUGGCAUCCUAUAACCUACAUAGUGCACUACUUUUGACCAGAGCUCUAUGGGUUGUACACUAUAUAAGGAAUAGGGUGCCAUUUUGGACAUACUUACUGAACCACUACCCAGUACCCAGGAGUUAACCCAAACCCUCUCCCUAACCUCUCUCUGAGAUGAGUACUGAGAUCCUCUCCCUAACCUCUCUCUGAGAUGAGUACUGAGACCCUCUCCCUGAGAUGAGUACUGAGACCCUCUCCCUAACCUCUCUCUGAGAUGAGUACUGAGACCCUCUCCCUAACCUCUCUCUGAGAUGAGUACUGAGACCCUCUCCCUAACCUCUCUCUGAGAUGAGUACUGAGACCCUCUCCCUGAGAUGAGUACUGACCCUCUCCCUAACCUCUCUCUGAGAUGAGUACUGAGACCCUCUCCCUAACCUCUCUCUGAGAUGAGUACUGAGACCCUCUCCCUAACCUCUCUCAGAGAUGAGUACUGAGACCCUCUCCCUAACCUCUCUCUGAGAUGAGUACUGAGACCCUCUCUCUGAGAUGAGUACUGAGACCCUCUCCCUGAGAUGAGUACUGAGACCCUCUCUCUGAGAUGAGUACUGAGACCCUCUCUCUGAGAUGAGUACUGAGACCCUCUCCCUAACCUCUCUCUGAGAUGAGUACUGUGACCCUCUCCCUAACCUCUUUCUGAGAUGAGUACUGAGACCCUCUCCCUAACCUCUCUCUGAGAUGAGUACUGAGACCCUCUCCCUGAGAUGAGUACUGACCCUCUCCCUAACCUCUCUCUGAGAUGAGUACUGAGACCCUCUCCCUAACCUCUCUCAGAGAUGAGUACUGAGACCCUCUCCCUAACCUCUCUCUGAGAUGAGUACUGAGACCCUCUCUCUGAGAUGAGUACUGAGACCCUCUCCCUGAGAUGAGUACUGAGACCCUCUCUCUGAGAUGAGUACUGAGACCCUCUCUCUGAGAUGAGUACUGAGACCCUCUCUCUGAGAUGAGUACUGAGACCCUCUCCCUAACCUUUCUCUGAGAUGAGUACUGUGACCCUCUCCCUAACCUCUUUCUGAGAUGAGUACUGAGACCCUCUCCCUAACCUCUCUCUGAGAUGAGUACUGAGACCCUCUCAGAACCAAAAUCAAAUAUAAAUGACUGUUGUUACUCAACAUAUCUCAGACUCGCGAAUUAUAUUGAGAUUAACUUAUCUCGCUAGUAGCCAGAUAAUGUCAGCUAGCCAAAUAAUGUCAGCUAGCCAGAUAGUCAGCUAGCCAGAUAAUGUCAGCUAGCCAGAUAAUGUCAGCUAGCCAGAUAAUGUCAGCUAGCCAGAUAACGUCAGCUAGCCAGAUAACGUCAGCUAGCCAGAUAAUGUCAGCUAGCCAGAUAAUGUCAGCUAGCCAGAUAAUGUCGGCUAGCCAGAUAGUCAGCUAGCCAGAUAGUCAGCUAGCCAGAUAAUGUCAGCUAGCCAGAUAAUGUCAGCUAGCCAGAUAAUGUCAGCUAGUAUAAUGUCAGCUAGCCAGAUAAUGUCGGCUAGCCAGAUAGUCAGCUAGCCAGAUAAUGUCAGCUAGCCAGAUAAUGUUCUAAGGAUACCACCAGAAGUUAGGCUAAUUACUGAGGAUACCACCAGAAGUUAGGCUAAUCACUGAGGAUGCCGCCAGAAGUUAGGCUAAUUACUGAGGAUGCCGCCAGAAGUUAGGCUAAUUACUGAGGAUGCCGCCAGAAGUUAGGCUAAUUUCUGAGGAUACCGCCAGAAGUUAGGCUAAUUACUGAGGAUGCCGCCAGAAGUUAGGCUAAUUACUGAGGAUACCGCCAGAAGUUAGGCUAAUCACUGAGGAUACCGCCAGAAGUUAGGCUAAUUACUGAGGAUACCGCCAGAAGUUAGGCUAAUCACUGAGGAUACCGCCAGAAGUUAGGCUAAUUACUGAGGAUACCACCAGAAGUUAGGCUAAUUACUGAGGAUACCACCAGAAGUUAGGCUAAUCACUGAGGAUGCCGCCAGAAGUUAGGCUAAUUACUGAGGAUGCAGCCAGAAGUUAGGCUAAUUACUGAGGAUGCCGCCAGAAGUUAGGCUAAUUACUGAGGAUGCCGCCAGAAGUUAGGCUAAUUACUGAGGAUACCGCCAGAAGUUAGGCUAAUUACUGAGGAUACCACCAGAAGUUAGGCUAAUUACUGAGGAUGCCGCCAGAAGUUAGGCUAAUUACUGAGGAUGCCGCCAGAAGUUAGGCUAAUUACUGAGGAUGCCGCCAGAAGUUAGGCUAAUUACUGAGGAUACCGCCAGAAGUUAGGCUAAUUACUGAGGAUGCCGCCAGAAGUUAGGCUAAUUACUGAGGAUGCAGCCAGAAGUUAGGCUAAUUACUGAGGAUGCCGCCAGAAGUUAGGCUAAUUACUGAGGAUGCCGCCAGAAGUUAGGCUAAUUACUGACGAUGCCGCCAGAAGUUAGGCUAAUUACUGAGGAUGCAGCCAGAAGUUAGGCUAAUUACUGAGGAUGCCGCCAGAAGUUAGGCUAAUUACUGAGGAUACCGCCAGAAAUUAGGCUAAUUACUGAGGAUACCGCCAGAAGUUAGGCUAAUUACUGAGGAUACCAACUAACUACAUGGGAGUAACGGGAGUACCCCUACGUCUGUACCCUACACGGGGGUGUGGUCACAUUAAGCCACGCUUCGCCUGCAACUCAAUCAAUUUUGACAAAAAUCACAUUUUCUGGUGCACCUAAAUUUCAUGUGGUGCUCCUAAUUGUUUAAAGUAGGGAGCACCAGUGCUACCAAUAAUUUAAUUACAUUUUUAAAUUUAAAGCCCUGACUGAGACCCUCUCCCUAACCUACCUCAGAGAUGAGUACUGAGACAUGAGAAACCCCAACACUCUCUGUCAGUUGGAUGUACAACGUUGUGUGUGGGAUUUGUUGUAAAUAAGAUACAAGGGAAUGAAUUUGCAUUAAUAAAGUAAAUGGAGAUAUA